UGCUGGAGGUGUGUGCACGCAGCUCCGCCUCCACUGCUCAGACCCGGCUUCCUUUGCCCUCACUCCACACCCUCCUCUGCAUCAUGGGGCCUGGGCCGCGCACCCUGGAGCUCUUCUACGACGUGCUGUCCCCCUACUCCUGGCUGGGCUUUGAGGUUCUAUGCAGAUACCAGCACCUCUGGAACAUCCAGCUGCAGCUGCGGCCCGCCCUCAUCUCAGGAAUCAUGAAAGACAGUGGAAACAGGCCUCCAGCUUUGGUUCCCCGCAAAGCCCAGUACAUGGCAAAUGAGAUUCCUCUCCUGAAACAGCAUUUCCACAUCCCCAUCCACAUGCCCAAGGACUUCUUUGGUGUGCUUCUUAAAAAAGGAAGUGUAAAUGCCAUGCGCUUCCUCACCACUGUGAGCAUGGAGCAACCAGAGAUGCUGGAGAAGGUGUCAAGGGAACUCUGGAUGCGAGUGUGGUCUCGAGUAAGGACUGGACUUUGGGGGUCAUAGGGAGGCUGGGUAGGGCAAGUUGAUGACCUGACCCUUCCCAGGCCAAUGUGCAGAUGUAAGAUCCUGCUCGUCACUACUGCCAAGCCACUGGAACUGCCACUACAGAGCCAGAGUUUACACAGGGAAAGGGAUUUAGAAAGAAUAUCUGUGCUAGAGGCUGCAGAGAAGGCAGGUUUGUCCGCAGAGCAAGCCCGAAGCUUUCUGGAGAAAAUCUCCACAGCACAGGUGAAGAACAAGCUCAAGGAGACCACUGAUGCAGCCUGCACAUAUGGGGCCUUUGGGCUGCCCACCACUGUGGCCCACGUGGAUGGUAAAACCUACAUGCUGUUUGGCUCUGACCGCAUGGAGAUGUUAGCUUACCUGCUGGGAGAGAAGUGGAUGGGCCCUGUGCCUCCAACCUUGAAAUCAAGUCUUUGAGAUUGCCCGAGGAAGUAAAGCAUUGGUGCAAAUGAGCAGGCACCUGCCUAUCCCUCCUUCUCCUUAGAAUACUGGACCUUGGCUGUCUUUGUCAGACAAAGCUGUCUUCUGUGGCCCAGAGGCUGUUUUCCAUCUAUCCCCCAGAAUGCUGAAACAGGUUCUAACCUUUGCUGUGACUACCUUUAAUUCUGUGCCUCAUACGUGCCUUUUGGAAAGCCUUCAAUUCUGAUUUCCCACAAAUAAACCAGAUGCCACUAGACAAAGCA